AUGGCUGUCACAAGAAACUCCAAUAGAAGAAACACCUCUUCAACCUCUUCAACCUCUUCAACCUCUUCAACAACUAGAGUAACCAAAACCAGAAAACCAGCCAGAAAAACCAAGGCUAAUCCUCGUGUUACAGCAAUUGAAAACAAUAUUUCUGCAUCACAUGCUGCAUCAACAUCUGAAAACACACCAAACUCAACCACUUCAGAAGAAAAUUUUUCAACAAAUGGUGUUCAACAAGCUGCAUUAUCUGCACAAAAUGAAAAUUUUUCUAGUUCAACUGAAACGGACCAUGAGACAAAUGGGUCAAAUCAAAAUCGCACUUUUUUCCCACCACCUGGAUUACCUCAACCAAAUUCAGCACCAUU